AAUAAUAAAAAAAACACAAUUCAUAUUGCAAAGUUAGAUGAUAAAAUUAAGGAAAUUAAACAAUCUUCAGUUAAUAACAUUUUUACUAAAAUAGAAAAUUUUAACAAUAUUCCUGAACAGAUUGAUUUACAAACUGAGAAUGCACCUAAGACUACUUCUUACAAUAAAGAGAUCAAAUUUCUAAAUUAUGUAUAUAAAGAGCAAAUUAGCAAUAAAAUAAGAGAAAGAAAUCAGAAAAAGAAGUUUAGAUUUCAAGGUUUAUCUUCAGAUUAUAAUUUAUUAGAACAGUCUAAUUUAUUAUAUAAUAUAAAAACUGUUAUAUUAGAAAUAAUUUAG